AAACACACCACAACGAGCAUAAACACAAUAGAGAGAGUGUUCAGAGAACUCGGGUUUUCGCACAAAACCGUGAGUAUUGAGAGGAGUUGUUUUAUCCUGGAGACGACCGGUUGAUAGUCUGCCGUGCGCAUCGAAGGCAGUGCUGCGAACGUCUUAAAGAGAGCGACCUAGUCCGCGACUCAGCUCCAGAUUCGAUAACCUCGUUCUUGUUGUUGUUCCGUUCCUAACAUAUUUACUCUAAAAAAUUUCAAUUCUAGAUCCACCCAAAUCAUUGAUACACUCAUAUAAUUUAAGUUAUUUGCAAGAGGAUCGAUAUCAAACUCCGAAUUAUCCACCCUAUCCCCACCCGAGUUCCCAACCACCGCCCAUCUAACCCUAACGCUUGACAUUGUAGAACUCAAAGCGUUACACACACAGAGUCUUACACGGGUUGUUGUUGUUGAUUAUUUUGGUCAACCAAGUUCACAAAUGAAAAUGACGUAACGCUGGCAAUUAGACCACCAGUCCAAUAAAUAAUAAUAAUAAUAAAUUAAUAUUUUUUCAAAUUUAAAUAAAUAAAACCCCACAGACUACAACAGUUUCGAAGCAAGGCGAGCAAACCCACGGGUCGACUCCCGAUUGACCCGGCUUGACCCGGAAUUAGUGAAGAAAAUAGGAGUCACUGGGAGGAUUCGCUGUAAGGUUCUCUGACUUGGAGGUCAUACGGUUUCUUUCAGGUUUUCCUCUUCAUGUAACCCUGUCUUUAAAGUUUUAAGUUGAACACUUGAAUAUAUUUUGUUAAUGAGCGGGUUUGAAUUUUAUUAUACGAUUGAUCCAAGUACGAACUAUUAUUUCUGGCGAAUAUAUUAUCCAUGUCGAUUUGUUAGAUGCAAUUUGCUAUAAUCUAUAAAUGUAUGAACCAUUAAUUCUCAACCCAGUUACUCAUCCAGACCAACGAGCUAAAUCGAGUUGACAACUUUGCAAUUGCAAGGAAUCGAGUCUGUGUUGUACUGUUGUAUCAAAUUAAAAAUUAACAAAAAAAAAACCUCCGUCCGCGGUUGUGCUACUCGGUUAGGUUACUGUCCGAUCCGACCCUCCCUCCACCGCGUAAAAAUCCUUUUAAUCAUCAAAAUCCAAAAAAGAAGGUCAAGUCACCGUCAAAAGCAGCACCAACGCGUUCACAUUUCCGCACACGUUUCAUUUCUCGCUUCAUUCAUCCCACCAUCUCUUCAUCUUCUUCUACCUUCCUCUUCAAUUUCCUUCCUUUCCACCACACCCUAUAUAUCAUCCAUGGACUUCCCACUACCAGUCUCCAAUUCCCAUUUCUAUUCUUCUUCUUCCUAUCUUCUUCUACUCCUCUGCCGCUCUACGUUUGAACGCUCCCUCUGUUUCCACACCUGUCUUCCUUCUUUGAAGCAUUUCGUCGAACACUUUUCUGACCCUUUCCUAUUCCCUUCAAACCUCUUCAUCAGUGGGUGGGUCGGCCAGCUUGUAUGGAAAUAUCUACUUCGUUCCCAUUCCUCAACCCGGAAGAGAUUUCAAACUUCUACACCCUCUUCCAGGAGAUGGACUAUAACUUCCCCGACAGCAGCGGCAGUUACGGGGGAGACGGGAUCAGCGGCGGCGGUGGAUUUUACAGCGGCGACAAUAGCGUUGAUAUAAAUAUUGGUAAUACUUCCUCGAAGAAGCGGAGAAGGAAGGACGCUGGCGGCGGUGAAGACGAGACUAGUAAUGGUAAAGGCGAGGUGGAGUUGAAGAAGGAGAAUGCGGUGAAGGAUAUCCUCAGCUCGCUUAUGCUAUUGGACGAGGGGGAGAAGCAAGAGCACAAUCAGUGGCUUGUGGAGUCGCAGCACGAUCAGAAGGUGCGAGUCAUGAAUGAUUUCAAUUCCGGUAUGCAGACCCAUUUCUCCAAUUUGGACGAAUCCAGGACCAAACGCUCCCGCGGCUCUGCUUCCGCCGUGGCUACGGCGGCGGCGGCUUUGGGGGAUUCGGUUCAGACUGGGAAUCGGGGAGGUGGGUCGACGAGCACGGCGCCGCCGCAGCAGCGGCGAUUGUGGGUCAAGGACAGGUCAAAGGACUGGUGGGAUCGGUGUAACCAUCCCGAUUUCCCCGAGGAAGAGUUCAAGAGGGCGUUCCGUAUGAGCAAGGCGACGUUCAACAUGAUCUGCGAGGAACUGGAUUCCGCGGUGAUGAAGAAGAACACAAUGCUGCGGGAUGCAAUCCCGGUCCGCCAGCGGGUUGCGGUGUGCAUCUGGAGGCUGGCCACAGGGGAGCCACUCCGAAUCGUGUCCAAGAAGUUCGGAUUGGGGAUCUCCACUUGCCACAAGCUGGUUCUCGAGGUGUGUUCAGCAAUCAGCAAGGUGCUGAUGCCCAAGUUUAUCCACUGGCCUGACGAGGAGAAGAUGAAUGGGAUCAAGGGCGAGUACGAAUCGAUCUCGGGGAUACCGAAUGUUGGUGGGUCGAUGUACACGACCCACAUCCCAAUCAUCGCUCCCAAGACCAGUGUAGGCUCUUACUUCAACAAGAGGCACACAGAGAGGAACCAGAAGACAUCGUACUCGAUCACGGUUCAAGGCGUGGUGAAUCCGAGAGGUGUGUUCACAGAUGUGUGCAUUGGCUUGCCUGGCUCGAUGUCAGAUGAUCAGGUGCUUGAGAAGUCUGCACUUUACCAGAGAGCAAGCAUGGGCUUACUGAAAGAUGUCUCGAUCGUGGGGACUUGCGGGCACCCUUUGAUGGACUGGCUUCUGGUGCCCUACACUCACCAGAACCUGACAUGGCCGCAGAACGCUUUCAACGAGAAGAUUGGGGAGAUUCGAGGCGUCGCCAAAGAUGCAUUCGCCAGGCUGAAAGGGAGGUGGACUUGCUUGCAGAAGAGGACGGAGGUGAAGCUGCAAGACUUGCCUGCUGUUCUUGGGGCUUGCUGUGUGCUUCACAACAUCUGCGAGAUGAGGAACGAGGUGAUGGAGCCUGAACUCAAGUUCGAUCUUUUCGACGACGAGAUGAUACCAGACAACAGCCUGAGAUCAGCUGGUGCGGCGCAGGCUAGGGAUCACAUUGCUCACAACCUCUUGCAUCAUGGCCUUGCUGGAACUUCUUUCCUGUAGGUUUAGCAGCUUCUUCAUUUCAUCAUUCCAUACAUGAAGUUAACAGCUUUUCUUCUUGUUUUGUUUGCCCCUUUUUCUGAUUUCUUGGAAGGCUCUAUACUUGUAGAGUUAGGGUGGCUUUCCUGAGUUGGUUGUAUUCUUCUAUACACAGGCAGUGUAGUGUCAUUCUUUUGAUGGGUCCUUGUAUAAUAACCCCGUCUGCAGAAUAAGAACAAAGCAUCACAGUUUUCUGUUCCAAAAAAUACAGCAGCAGUUGAGUUCAUACUAUGGUGGAAAGACCAUGGUCUCGUUGUUCGAUUAAAUUAUGUAUCAGUGAUCAAGUCGAUAUAUCGUUAUACGACGGAUUCAUGGCGAUUUUGUUUCCUUUCUGGGUUGGUUGUGCACAGUUUGGUUGCAAGUCAGCUGCUACUGCUAUGGAUACUGAUUGUUAAUUGUUCAUGUAAGAUGUUAUUAAAGGUUGCUGUUACUUUCUUAUAUGUUCCAAUCUCUCUGUCUAUUUCCCAAACGGGGGAAGACAAACUUUACAUAUUGUUAACCAUCUUUUAUGCCUACAUUUAUUCGAUUAAAUGCAUCCCGCCGGGUUUUGAAUUUUGAUUGAUUAUUUCGUCAACACUAUUGUCAAGAAUCUGGCUUUGACAAAUGAAACCAAAUCUUGGACAAACAGAAAGAUUGGUGAGCGACAUCAGCACUCACGUAAUGCUUAUGUUUUCAUUUCAGCAACAGUCAUGUACUCAUGUUAGACCAUAAAGGGGGUUAUUAACGCUUUCUUAGGCUUAGGUUAGCAUUUAGGCCCAAAAUGUUACUUGUGCUUCGACGUGAAAGUUUGUGCUCAAGGUGCUUCCUUCAGCUUCGAGGGAUAGACGAUUUAGAAACCUCCACAAAUUAUCGCAUACGCUUCACGUUUGGGUCAUCCUUCAAGUGGUAAUGUGUUUAAAAACAUAAUGAAUUAGUUGAAAGUAC